AUGGAUCUGUCGCCGGCGGGAAGCAGCAGCUACACUUCCAAUACCCUCCAUGUCGGCGAUGGAACAUGGGAUAAUGGCCGCGACACAUUUCUCCUACCCAACCUUAUGGGCGUCAAUUUCGCUACGAUGCAAUACAAUGGCAUGGGGAAUCGCUUUCGAGAUCUACCAGAGUACCAUCGCCUCAUCAUCGGGCACGGCGUUCUGGCAACCGUGGUCUUCAUGGUCAUUGUGCCCACUGCAGCUUUCACGGCCAAGUUCUACACGCGCAAUCCAAGGACGGCUAUCAAGCUGCAUGUCUACCUGCAGAUAUUGACCGUAUUCCUGCUCACUGUGGUGCUGGUGCUAGGCUACAUCGCAGUCGGGCCCGCAAGAUCGUUAUCGAAUCCACAUCAUGGUAUUGGUGUGGCUAUAUAUGUCCUGGUACUGGCGCAAUUCAUCUUCGGCUGGCUGAUGUCGAGAAUUGAGAAGAGAAGGAAGAAUCCACAAGACUUGACCAGAGUACCGAAGAAGGUCUGGUUCCACAGACUAUUCGGGCGGACGAUAGCGAUAUUGGGCAUUGUACAGGUUGCACUGGGUCUGACGUUAUACGGUAGCCCGAGAUAUCUGUUCAUACUGUAUGCCCUUGUCGCUACACUGCUGGCACUUCUGUACAUUGUGAUGGAUCGAGUGUACUUUGAGAAGAGGCAUGUGAUGUUUGGACUAAACUCGCAACCUGAGUUCUACUCAGACUAUGGCAGCUAUUUGUCAGGCUCGCGGACAGACUAUGGACCAGGAUCCAGACCAGGAGGAGCUGCCCCGCCGAUGCGACAGCAAAAUGAGAGUCACUGGGGUCGGAACGUGUUGGCAGGUGUUGGGGCGUUGGGAGCGUAUGAGGCAUUCAAACGGAGGCGAAGUAACAGACGAGACGACCGAGAAGAGUCUGGAGUUGAGGAAGAGCGCAUGCAGAGUGUAAGGCGCGAGGAGCGAGAGCAGGCAGAAGUGGACGCGGAGCGCAGACACGGACUUCCGCCACCGGGAAUGGCGCCUUCUGGAGUGUCGACAUCAAGGCCUGGCAGUAGACCUCCUCCUGGCGUUGAGUACGGAGCCGGCAGUAUAGCAACAGGGAUGGGUCCACGGCCCGGCCAACCCAGACCUGACAGCCAGAUGAUGACUCCAGCUCGGGUGCGGCGAAAUGACGAUAACAGACUAAGCCCGGAGUCGUGGGAGAUGGAUGAGAAGUAUCAGCAGCGACCGCAAGAUAACACUUGGCGCAAUAGGAUACUGGGUGCGGGCGCCGGUAUUGCAGCCUUCGAGGGCGUGAGGCGUGUGUUCAGUGGACGACGCAAGCGACAGGAAGAUGGAUAUGUGGACGGUAACUACAGACCAGCGUUAGGUGGCAGUCACAACAUGGUCAGCCAGACAGAUGUUUCGAGAGUGGAGGCUGGGCAGGCACCAUUCUCACCAGAUAAUCCUUGGCGGCAAGAACGUAUGAAUAUGGCUGGAGUGCAGCCGAUGACACCAACUGCCACACCCUCACGCCCGCCACGGCGGCCCCAGCCUGAUGUGGAUUCACUCGACUACAGCGACGAUGAGAGCGUGAUGUCGCCAAGACCCGGCGGUAUGAGGCCAAACUCACAGUAUGAGAAUACCGGAGGAGAUGGCCAUACGCUCAGGAACAGCAUCGCAACGCUUGGUGCCAUCGCAGGUUUCAGAGAAUGGAACCAGCAUCGAAAGGAUAGACGAGAACGACAACGACUCGGUCGCUUACGGCAGGAUGAGCUGACGAACGAGGAGAGUUCGUACAAUCGUCGCACGUCUGCCAACUACCCACAUCCACAGGAUGCAGGUGGCAGGGGACCGAGCAUGGGUGGUACAGUGACGACAGCUGAUCACGGACUCAACGGAAGCAAUCCAGAACUGGGCCGAACGAAUAUCGGCAGACCGGACACUAUGCAGCCACCUCUACCGGCUACAGCUGGUACGAUUGGUAGUGGUAUUGGCCCUGGCUAUCCACAGAGCACGGUCGGACCUAGCAUCAGCCAGCAACGGAUCUAUCAGACAGGCGAAGGGUAUAGUCUACCGCCGCCGCCAGCUGGGCCUCCGCCUCAAGGUAUCAGACAAGACCGUCUGCCACCUCCGCCACCCGGCCCACCACCCGGAGGUAUGCAGCCGAAUGAAUAUCUUGCGCCCGAGCCAGGUUCACUGCAAAUGCCAUCAGGCGCUAUUUACCCUGAUCCAUCUCGACUCGUGUCAUCGGGAAAUGUAGUCCAGCAAUCAUCGAGCGGCCGUCCCAUUCGUGAUGCAGCGGCUGGUGCAGCCGUAGGAACCGCAGCAGCGAAUGUUGCUAGUAACCAUCGACGACGGAAUUCACAGUCGGAAUCUCCGUCUCGCAUGCAUUCGCGCCAAAGCUCGACCAGCCGCUUUCAGCAUAGAGAUAGACGCGGCAGCAACGCGUCAGGCACGAAUUCGACAUCAGCACUCAACACAAGCGUUCCACCUGCAGGCGACCAGCCGACUUCGCCACCAGUGAGUGUCAAGGUCAAGAUGCAUAACGAUGGCAAACACGUUACCCUCCGACGACUGAACGAAGAAGAAGCUGCCGCCGAGCGCGCCGCACGUAGAGCAGAGCGUCGUGACCGCCGACGAAGAGGAAGUAGUGAGAUCAGCUCAGGUCUCGAAGGUGAUCUCCCGCCAGGCUCGAAUCAGCGCUACAAACGGACAGGUAUCGGUCGCCGUCCCAGCGCUGACCAGCCCAUCACCAAUGUCCCUCCUCCACCACCCAUGAGUUCAACAGCUGGCUCGCAUCGGCCGCCAUCCGAGCUCAAUCUACCGCCGACUCCGAUUAUCGCAGGCCCAUCAAUGGGCGGUGGUAUAUUACCACCAGCCACCCACUCACUCUCACCACAAGAUGGACAAGGUCUGAGUCCACCACCAGGCCACGCUCCAGCCGACAGCGGCAUGACUAGUCCUGGUGACGCUGGUACUGGGACUGACUUAAGUGCUUUUGAUACGAAUAGACGAAGGCGAAGGGCCGAGAGGGCAAGGAGGCUUGAGGCGGCUAGGGGUGGUGGUGGGAGGAGUGUGGAGUUCACGUAG